AUGAGCUUGAACAGCAGCUGCGUCAGUAUUACGUCAGCCAGUGAGAGUAAGAUUGGGGAUGGGAGGCGGAGCCAUCUUGGAUCAUCUGAUCCUCCAAGUGCAAGGUCAAGGGAAUCAGUGCAGUCCCCUUAUGGACAAGAUUACAAGGUAUUAAAAUUAUACUCUUUAAACCCUGAAGCCUUAGCAAGAUUAAGAUAAGGAAAAGCAUAUUUGUAAUAAGCUUUUUUAAUCUUUUUUUUCUCAUAAAUUUGUAUUUUAAAAAUGUGAAAAUGUCUCUUAAUAUUAAAAAUUAAAUUACUUUACCAAAAUUGUUGUAUUUUCAUUAUUCAUUAUUUAAAUUUUUUAUUUAAAAUAUAAAUUUCAAAUAAAAUGAAGCAUGUCCAUUAUAUAAAUUAAAAUAUUACAGAUUUCCAGCAUGCCCAAAGAAAUUUCUGAUUCCUACAAAGAGUGACCACUCUGUCUUUUAUAUUAAGGACAGACAGGGCUUUUCAUUGCAGUUACAAAUAUAUAUCAUACUGCAAAACUUCAACAUGUCACUUUUUAAAAUAAACAUUACAUUACUGGAUUUAGUUGUCUUUUGUACAAAUAUAUUGUUUGACUUUAAGAGUGAUUUUUUCAGAAUCCAACACAGGCAAAAACUCAUGGAUCCCCUUCUCCAAACAUUGAAUCAAUCAUUAAUACCACUUAAAACUUUCUAUUUCUAGAGGAAGUUUAGUUGUAUAUCAGGGUGUCAGCAGCAAAAAUUUUUUUUUAAUCCAAUGGCAUGUUUAAAAAAUAAUGUGUUUUGCUCUUAAUUGAGGUUACUUACAAGGGAAAUUACUUUUCCAUGCACAUUUUACCUACCAAAUGAGAGAUAAUUUUGGUGUCCAUAGUUAAGUCUAUGUAUUAUUUAAAUAUCUCCCUCUCUCCUUUGAAAGCAAUACAGCCAUAUGGCAAAAGAUGAAUAUCAAUAUAUUUUCUUCAAAAUCUCACCUUUUUAGGCUGUGGGAACAAAAGGAAAAGAGGUUUUGUCACCUAAAGCUCUUGGGGAAAAGUCUUUACAGAAAUGGUGCCAGGCCGGGUUUAAAGAUGGCUACCUCAUAACAUUGCAGUGCACUCAGUCAAAAGGCAAGUGGACCAUUGUAGUUUGGUUGAUUUCAUUUUUAAUUAAAAUUCAGGCUUUAAGGAUUGUUACUAUUUUAAUUCACAGUUUUGAAAGGUGGGAAAGACAUAACUUAACAUGUACAUUUUCAAAUAAGUAAGUAUAUAAUGAUGUUUAAUUGUGCCAAGUAUUUUUUGAAUGCAUAAGUCAUCAGUGGCUUAAAGUGACACUUGGGAUGGCCAAAAAUUGUAUAAGAAAGGGGUUUAAAAGUAUAGAAAUGAAAUCUUAUAAUGCAGAUAUUCUUUACUCUUAUUUUUCUUAGAGGGAGGAGCUAUCAAAAACUCCUGGUUAUGAGUUCCUGGCAAGAUUUAAAAAAAUAUUUCUCACUAAACAAACACAUAUAUCAUUACAGAAUUUUUUCCAUUGGUACAAUUUAAUGUUUUGGAAUUUAUUAACAUGUUUAUUUUAACCUUCAAUUAUGAGAAAAGACAUAUUGAUAACAAAAUAAUUAUACAGUUUUCUAUGUUUUCUCUCUAGAACUUCCAUAUGGUGUGAAAGUGAUAGGUGGUCUUCAAGAUGCUCUAAAAGUUAGCAGGGCUCUGGUGACGUGGGUUGCACCAGAAGCUAGAACUAAAAUCAGUGUGGGUGAGUGGAUCUGAUUUCAUGUUGGUCUAUAGGGUAUGGCCGCUUAAUUGACAGCUUAGUUAAAAACAGUAAUUUUUGGGGAGAAAAGAGCAAGUGAGGUUGUUUUGCUUUCAUAUCAAUGAUUGCUACCAUUAUUUGGUUAUUGAAAUAUGGAUUGGAUGACAAUACCAUGACUUAAAAGGAAAGAAUUUAUGCAGAUUGGAAGUAUGCUAUUUUGUUUUUAAAGUUAUAUUAUCUGGCCUGUUUUAAUUAGCCCUAAUGAUCUUACUUAUACUUGAGUCCAGUUGAGAGAUUAAAGACACGUAGUAAAAAAAGUAGAACAACCCUCUGGCAAGCUAUUUUGCUUAAAAAUGUUUUUGGACGUACCACAUUUGCCAAUCGGACUUAAUUUUAAUCUUCAAGACUUAGCUUCUAUGGGUAAAAAAUAAUAGGUGUCUAAAUAAAUAUUACAUUAUUAAUAAAAAUAAUAUGUCCAGUAUUGUUAAAAGUGCAGAACUAUACAGAAAAAUUCAUAUGAAAUUAUGAAAAACAAACUGGGCAAUAAAAGUUUAUAUCUAAAAAACUAAGUCUUUCACUAUUCUUGAAGCAUACAAAUGGAAAAGCAUGUGGUACAUUUUAUUUUAUUGAUGGACUGUUUCGUUUAACUUACAACAAUUUUAUUAGAGGUUAAUGGCUCUUCUAGUUUGUCUUUUUAAAUAAAUAUGUCUAUAAGUAUAGAUGUUACAUAUUAGCUUUCAAAGAUUAAAAACAUACAAAAAUAACAUCUCAAUUUAAACUCUCUUAUCAGGACAUGAAGUCCUAGAAUGGAAUGGUGAGGCUCUCAGAGGUCAAAGCUUUGACCAUGUUACAUCAGUCAUGUCCUACAUAUACCCACAGGUCAUUCUCAUUGUUAACCCAUUCCCUGUAAGGUAGGUCUAAAUAAAGUUAGAAAAAAAGUAUCUUUGGUAUCAGCCAUGUAACCCAGAAUAGGUGUCAGGUGAUGACUACCAUGGCUUAGGAAACACAUGUUUUAUAUAUAAACUAAAGAGUUAAAACAUAAUUAUUAUUUAUUGACUGCUACUGCAUAUUGGUUAUUAUAAAAAUGAACUUUUUAAAAAAGUUACUUUUAAAUUUAUAAUUUUAGCAUUAAUUAUCAAACACUUUCUGCUUUAAAAAUAUCUGCUUUACCAGAGCAUGACACAUUUAUUAAAAUGUUUACAAAAUGUAUCAAUAAUUACUUAAAUCUCUUGACAAUAAAUCAUUAAAAAAUAUUUAGCAGGGCGUUUCUGGCAUGGCUUCUAAAGAGCUUAUCUUUCUAGAAAUAUUUUUAAACUCGAUGAUGGAUUUGCCAAGAAUUACAAAACAACAUUUUCGAUAUAAUGUUAAAUUAAUCCACUAGCUCAAGUUUCUAAAUCUCUGUCAUUAAAAAAUAAGCUCUCUUUAUACACAAUAAAUAUUCUUCCAUUCUUCAAAACAUUGCAUAUCUUGCACCCUCCCCAGUAUCAUUUUGCUUUCAAUGUUUCAACAAGAAACGUAUUUUAACUUUACAAUAAGUGUAUUUUAUAACAGUCUAAAAAAUCUAAAUAGAAAACAGAUUUGUCCAGUGUUUCAUUUUUGAAUAGCAUAAAAUGUAUUUGCAAGGUAAAAAAAUUAUAUAAUAAAGCUUAUCCAAAUAAUGUUAUAGGAUCAGCCUUUCUGAUUAUACUUUUCAGAUUAGAUCGUCAAGCCAUAUGUGAUGAGCCCAUUGUAAUAUCUCAAGGUAAGAUGUCAGCAACCAUCCCUUAUGAAAAUCAGUCCCUCCCUGUCUUAUACUACCAAAACAAUUUGGUCCUUUAUGAACCUCAUAAACGUGUCUAGAAUUUCCUCAACCUUUGUACCACACCAUCAUUUAGACCCCAUCCAAUUCUGAAACAUGUGGUUAGGUUGACACACUCCAGUCUUGAACAUUACCCUCAAUAUACCUGAUAAAAUCAUGAACCCACAUUUUAUAUCCAUCUCAGAAGCACCUGGAACCCAACCUUACAAUAACUCUUCCAAUCAUAAACAUAAAUAAUUUUUUUUAGAAAUAUAUACCAAAAGCUCCAGACUACAGUAAUACUCUAUAUUCAGACAAAGAACAGAUGUGGACAAUGUGUAAAAUGUCACCAUAGCCUCUGGCCUAAAGGCACAUGCCAAGUUGGCUGCUGGAUCUGGAUGAAAAUGAUUAUACAAAUAUAUCACCACAUUUUUUUCUAGACCUCAUCCAAUCCUAUAUAUGGGGGAUUACAUUCAAAGAAUAGACCUUAUAGACCUUUGUCAACAUUUUUUUUCAAAUAAUUUGGUUUCUCGACAAACUCAUCUUCACAAAGUUUUAUGUCCCCUGAAAUAAGACAAAAUACAUUUGUUAUUUAAAAAAAAAAAAAAAUUUUAACUAAGAAUCUUGUUUUUCUUUUAGAAGAGAGAUAUUUUUUAUUUUUUCAGGUUUCCAAUUUAACUCUUACAAAAAAUAUAUUAUCUCCACAUGAUAUUAGAUCUCUUAUGUUACUUGAGGAUAUUCUGUUACAUUUUAUGGCUAACACAUCUAAUUAAAAAUAUUUUGUUCGCUUCUAAGGUUUAAAAAUGUUUAAAAUACAUUCUGUCUUACUCACUCAAAUCAAUACCUUUCCAUUUCAUAUCACUUUAAAAAAAAAAAAUAUAUAUAUAUAAAUAUAAUCAAAAACAAAUAUAUAUACAAAUAUGACACUAUUUUUCUGUUAAAUGGUUUAUUUUUCUUCCAUCUUAAUGUCCUACUAUUUAAACAUGACGAUGGAAUUAGAGGAAGUCUUUACUCCUGGAUUUAGAGUCAUAUAAAGGGUUUCUAUAUAAAACAAUUUCUAUGAAAUAUACUUAGACACAAUUUUGUGACAACAUAUAUCUAUCAAUCUCUGCCAACACUUCAUCUUCUCAUAAUCUAUUUUGCCCCAUAGGACUGAAAUAUUUUGUUAACUGCAUUCAAUAAAUACAAAAUUCGUAUCACUUACAAAUAAUUUAUUAACUUAUGCAUUUCAGUCUGAUUUAUUUCUAAUAACACCACACUAAUUAAACUGGAAUCUUUAAAUUAUAGUAAGGUGUGGAAGGGGAUUGCCAUAGAAAUAAAUGUAUAGUUAUGCAAAUGUAUUCCUAAAUUCACUAAAAGUGAUUAAAUUUCUAAAAAUAAAAAAAAAUUCUGCUUCAAUACUAGACCACAUUCUUAACGUUUUUUUUUUAAAAAGUGUUAUCGAUUGUCCCAAUAUUGGUUCAUCCCUUCUUUCUGUUUAUCUCAUCAUACAGUGUUAUCUGACUCCCCCAGACAUCUGUGAUGAAUGUGUAUGCGUGUGUGUCAUGUUGUAUAUGAGAUUAUAUGAUCCAUAUCUCAUUUCUUUCUAACUACAUGUAUUGACAACUUGGUCCAGCUGUACAAGAUGGGGUUGCCUAUCCCAUACAUGUCUCUUGUCUCCAUACUGUUAUAAAAACUGUCGCUCUAUAUUUCUGUGGGUUUCUUUUCUUGCUCAAAAGUCAUUUCUAACUUAUUUAUGGUCACUUAGAAAGAACAAAAUGUAGUUCACUACACCUCUUUUGCUCUGUCACUCUUCUGAAUACUCUGCUCAUAUUUUAUACUAGAAUCUUAAAUUUGUUUUCAAUUAGAUAGACCACCUAGCAACAGUCCAGAGCUACCAGGGAAGGGUGGAAAGAGGCGCAUGUUACCCCGUACUCCAGUAAGUUAUUAGAACCAGUGAGAACAUCUUUUAUUAUCCAUUUUUUAUAUUAUUAUACUUUAUAAUGAUACAACUAUGUCUUCAGAAUAAAUUCUGUUAUUGCUUUAGAGAUUUCCUACAAAUAAUUGGUUAUGUUGAAUGAUGUUUUCUCUUCACCACAUGAUACUACUUCCUUGGUGUGACAAACUUCUUUAAAACUAUUUUUUGGCUAUCUUUUCCUGUAAGUUCUUUUUUAUUAGCUUAAUAAGAUCAGCUUGGGUUAAUAUAUUAAAAUAAAAAGUAUUUAAUAUUAAAAUCUCAAUCAAUGCUAGUUAAUUUAGGAUACUGGUACAAAUUUAUGCAAUUGCAUGUUACAGGUAGAGAUCAAAAGAGGAACCAGACAAAUAAAGGGAGAGCUUCAAAUUCGAAUCCA